AUGGUCUUCAAGACGAUAAGGCAGAAUCAUAUGGUCCACUGUGUCAAACGCAGCAGACAAGUCAAGCAGCACCAUCAUUACUCCUUUCUGACUGCCAAUGAGGAUAACACAACCAUAACCUUCUCUAACGUUAUUACGUACGCCAAGCCUGGUUCGGAAGAUGGUACGGCAAUCACCCGUAAAUAUCACAUGCAGGUUCGGGACGAAUGUUGCCUCAAGAAAGAGGAAGUCAUCAGUGGGUCCUUCAGACCACAGCUUGGUGAGGUGUCCUUUAGCGACAAGGGCUCUGGUGACUUCAGUCUGAGACUCGAAAGGUUCCAGACAGAUGCUUUUGAUGAAAGUGAAUCCGAAACCACCUCCGUUGUCGGGAAAGGAGAUGACCUCUACUUUGGUGUGUAUCUUGAGUCGGUACCAGGCGUUGGUAUGUUUAUCGACAGCUGCUGGGCGACAACCACUCAAGACUCAGACGCAGAGCCACAUUACUCUCUAAUUUCUUCAGGUUGCCCGGAUGAUGAAACAGUUGCUAUCUAUCGUCUCCUUGGAUUGAAUCGAGAAGGCUUUUCUUUUAGUGCAUUUGCCUUUGUUGGAGAUUACACUGAGGUGUACAUUCACUGUUCAGUGAAGGUCUGUGGUGCCGCGAAGGCUCAAUCGUUUCGAGACGCAGGAUGCCCCUCAGAAUCUCCACCUCCCGACCGCAAACGUCGAUCUUCGUCCGUUAUGUCCACUCAGACCAUCAGUAAUGGUCCGAUUUACAUCCGUCGCUCAACCAGCGAUAUGGCUAUAGAUUUGUCUUCCUACAACCCUCUUGCCAUGCUCCUCCUUGGAAUGAUAGCAACAUUGGUUGCUAUGGUAAUCCUGAUGGGUGUGGUCAAGCUUGUUCGUAUCUCAUCCGAUAACAAUUACUAUCAGCGAGUUCCAAUUGCUGAAUCCAUGGAAGGAAUUUAG